UGCGACACCCCUGUCUCUGAACCGGACCGCCAGUAAUGGACUCCAAGGAACAUCGCCACCAUCGGUGGUGCUCUCGACGCUGCGUAAUCAUCUCCGUUGCAGUAAUCCUUGGCAUCGCCCUCCUCCUCCUCAUCCUUGGCCUCACCGUCUUUCGCCCCCGCCACACAGUCACCACCAUCAAUUCGGUGCAUCUCGGCGCCCUCCGUGUCGGGCUCGACGUCCCCCAUCUUUCCGUCGAUCUUAACGUCACCCUAGACCUCGAUAUAACGGCCACCAACCCUAACCGCGCGAGCUUCCGCUACGACACCGGAAACGCCGAGCUCUUCUACCAUGGGGGCCUCGUCGGCGAGGCGGUUAUCCCGCCGGGGAGGGUCGGAGCCGAGGGUUCGGUGCGGACCAACGUAUCUCUCACGGUGAUGGCCGACCGACUCAUCUCCGACGCGACCCUGUACAAGGACGUGAUCUCGGGGUCGGUUCCCUUCUCCACCAGUACGAGACUCCCCGGGACGGUGACGAUUCUUGGGGUGUUCAAGCACCACAUGGUGGCGUACACCAUGUGCAACAUCACCGUGAGCGUUCAGAGCCGAUCGGUGGAGAACUCCGAUUGCAGGUAUAAGACAAAAUUCUGAGACUUUUUGUUCCGGAUUGGAGUCACGGACGAGCUUCCUUCGAGUAAAAUUGUGUAGAAUACAUGUGCUUCAUCUCUGGAUUUGCUCAUGAAAUGAAUUGAUUAUUGUGACUGCUACUGAGCGGAGGAUCAAAACGAAAGCUUGAUUGAGUUA